AUGAUCUAUCCUGCUGUGGUGGUGGCCUUUGGGGCAAAGCUUUUGUUGCUCAGCUGGUUGAACAGCUUCUCCAGCGAUGUGUUGGACAACUUUGUUGAGCUCUCGACACCCAUUACCAGCUUCAAGUCGUUAAGAGAAGGGUUGUUCUUGCUCAACAGCAAUGGCAACAGCACUGGUCUGUUCAGGAUAAGCAACGAUUUGAACAUCUACGAUGGGGGGAAUGUUCAUAUUCCUCCUAUUUUACUUCAUUUGUUGAAGCACUUUGAUACUCUCCCAUGGUUGAAUUUCAUCUACUGUGUGCUUGAUUCCCUCAUGGUGUUGAUGUUCAUCAACAUCAACUUGAAAUUCAAGCAGCACUGUAUCAAUUUCUACUCGAAAAUAUACAAAAAAUUGAUCUUUCUAAACACUGAUAAUAACAAUAUUUACAAUCCAAAUUUGCUUUCAACAAAUAGCACCCGAUUCAAUCUGAUCUUGAUUCUAAUAUACUGUUUCAAUCCGUUGAACUUGGUCUCAUUAUUAUCAAAAUCUUCGAUUAUCUUUUCGAAUUUCUUUUUAACUUUAUCCAUAUAUUCAAUAGUCAAUUUAAGCAGCUAUGAAAGUCUAAGCCUUAUAAUUUCAACCAUUUCUUUAUCGAUUUCAGCUUAUCUCUCGUACAACACUUUAUUCUUGAUUAUACCCUUAUUGUCAAUUUUCGGUACAAAAAAAUUCAAAACUCUUUUCAUCUUCUUGCUAUCAUGCUCUUCAUUACUACUAAUAUCGUACUAUCUUAACCAGUGCAAUCUCAAUUUCUUGGAUUCAACUUACGGCAUGAUUAUACUAUUCAAAAAGAUCCAGCCAAAUAUUGGAUUAUGGUGGUAUUUCUUUAUCGAAAUCUUUAAAUUUUUCAAUGAUUUCUUUAUUGGCGUAUUCAACAUCUACAAUUUCAUCUUCAUAAUCCCAAUAACAAUCAGAUUCUCCAAAGACAAAGAAAAUAAAAUUGAAAAAAUUUACUCAUUUAUCUUAAUAUUUGGUAUUAUAACCCUAACUAAAAGUUACUUGACAAUAAUCGAUUUCAAUUUCGUCUUAAAUCUAUUAGCAAUCUUGCUCUUAAACAUCCCGUUAUUAAUCAAUUACUUGAAAUUUCCAAUAGUCUCAAUCUUAAUCAUAAUACAUUCAAUUAUUCUAAGUCCGAUUUUCUAUUAUCUAUGGAUCUUUAAUGGCAGCGGUAAUUCUAAUUUCUUUUAUGCAAUAAAUCUAGUCUUUUCAAUUGGUUUUACGAGCAUUUUAACUGAUUUAGUUUGGAGUUACUUAUCCUUAGAAUACUUGAUUGAAAACAAAUUGGAUUCAAAAGACGAGUUCACUUCAUUUGAUCAAGUUAAAUAUCGAUUAAUCCAAUAUUAA